ACUGGUGUGCGUGUGUGAUAUUGUGCCGGCCAGACGAGGACGAAAUGGAGGCGGCGGCGGCGAGGAAGCACUUCUCCCUGUAGGCUUUCGGUCGUCGUUGAGGCCAAUGGAAAACUCAAGAUUUGAUUUUGAUUUGGUGCGAGCUCCACAACCCAACGUCAGAUUGCCCGCCUUACAAUGAAAACCACUUUUUUUUUUUUUUGUCCUGAGGUUAGGCGAUUAUUUUGUGUGGUUUUCCUCGCGACGGGCCCAACGCGACCCUUGAGUCCUCCGAGAGCCAAGAAUUUAUCGAGGCGAAUCUUCAACCUCCUGGAUUCGAGUUUGGAAUCCUCCGAGUCAAUUCCUAUUUUCUGUGCCAAUCCGAUGAAUUUCCGAAGGACAUGGAAUCUCACUAUAGAUAGGUUUCGUUCUUCAUCUUUUGAGCUUAGCUUUUCUUCUCCUUGUUCUGAAGGUCCGAGUCAAAGUCCUUGUUUUGAGUGACGAGUGCCUCCCUCUGGCAUUUACGAAGGCAUUGGAAACGUGCGACAGGUAAUAUUCGUCUACUUUUGGAGUAUCAGGUUUAGUUUGCGUAUGGUCUACGAGAGGAGGCCUAAACUAUCAGUUAUUGAAGCAUGGAAUUGUGCGUAAGAGUGUGAAUUUUCUAUAUGCUCAAGGGGAGUCAGUUGCUCAGUAAGGUAUUAUGAUGUUCUAGGGUGUAUUCUGGUUUGUAGGGCAAAUUGGAUUUGGCUGUUGGGUUCCAGAUCCAAUGAUAAGAACUACUAUUAGAUUGCAGAGGGGAAUUUAUAGUGGAAGUAAGAAAGGUUUCUUCUGAACAUGGAUUCAUUUAAAGCAUUCCAUGCUAGAGACAAAAGCCCAGAGCCAAAUGACCUUAGUAGUCAUUUAAGUUUGAUGAAUAUUGGAACUUUUACUGAUCUGUUCAACCCUUCAAUCAUUGAUCAGUCUUUUGCACAAUUCAGUUGCUCCACUCAACCAGAUUUCCAUGUGCAAACCACAGAUGUUGUGGUUAGAAUGAGAGGUAAUAUGAGUAAUAAAGAUGGUGUUCAUCCAAGUGUUGGAGAUAAUUCACAAGUGCAAACCACAGAUGUUGUGGUUAGAAUGAGAGGUAAUAUGAAUAAUAAAGAUGUUCAUUCAAGUGUUGGAGAUAAUUCACCAGUUCAAAAGACCACUUUACAAUCCCAAGUGACCCUUGAUACUCUCCCUAUAAAUAUGGUAAGGGAAACAGAAUCCAGUAGCUCGUUUCCACCAUGUGAUGUCUCUAAUGGUGAUGACAGUAGCAAAGCAAUUCGUAGACCAACUGUAGAUGUUUCUUUAGGUGAAAAGUUACUUACAGCAUUAUUUUUGUUUAAGGAAUUUUGUCAAUUUACUGGAGGAGAGAUACUCGCCCAAGUUUGGAUGCCUUUCAAGCAAGGCGACGAAUAUAUAUUAAGCACCUCCGAGCAGCCCUAUCUACUUGAUCCGGCUUUUGUAGAGUAUCGAGAAAUAUCAAAAGCUUUCACUUUCUCUGGCAGAGAAGCACCUGGGUCUCUCCUUGGCCUUCCGGGUCGUGUAUAUAUCUCUCGAAUGCCAGAGUGGACCUCAAACAUCAAAUACUAUAGUCAUUUAGAAUUCUUGAGAGUGGAUCAUGCGCUGAAGUAUGAAGUUCAAGGGACACUUGCAUUGCCUAUUUUUCAUGAUAAUGAGCAUUCAUGUUGUGCAGUUCUUGAACUUGUUACAAACAAAGAGAAACCCGAUUUUGACUCUGAAUUUGAUCAUUUUCGCAAUGCUUUACAGGCUGUAAAUUUGAAGAGCACUAAAGCACAUGCUAUGCAACAGUUCGUGAGUCUUCAAAUUAGUCAGACGUUUGUCUUCACAGAGAUACACAAUGUGUUGAGAGCUAUUUGUCAUGCACAUUUGUUGCCUUUGGCACUUACUUGGAUACCUUUUAGCUAUUGUAACCGGGAUAUGGACAAAAUGACCAUAAAUGUUGAUGAAGAGGUAUCUUCCAUGCUAAAGAAGGAAAACAUGCUUUGCAUCCAGGAGUCAGCCUGCUAUGUCAAUGACCAAAAAAUUCUUGGCUUUCUACAUGCAUGUUCAGAGAACUGCCUGCGAGAGGGGCAGGGCAUUGUAGGAAGAGCAAUUCAAUCUCACCGUCCAAUUUUCUCAUCUGACAUAAAAACAUUGGAUGUGCACCAGUAUCCACUUGCACAUCAUGCACGCAAGUUUGGACUGCAUGCAGCUGUUGCAAUCAGGCUGUGGAGUACUUACACUGCAAAUGAUGAUUAUGUAUUAGAAUUUUUUCUUCCAGUCAAUUGCAGAGGAAGUGAUGAACAACAGCGUUUGUUAAAUAACCUUUCAAUUACAUUGCAAAGACUGUGUGGAAGUCUGAGAACUGUAUCAGAUACUGUGGUAACUGGCUUGGAUGCCUCUAAAAUGACCGUUGAUGGAUCAGGAAUAGAUGAUCUUGAUUCAAUGAAUUUCUGUGAGAAACAUUAUCAAUCCAGUCAUAAUGAACAAAAUUCAACUGACUCCCACAAUAAUAUGCAGACCAUAAACAGUUAUCAGGGAGAAGCUGCUCAUCUCAAUCAGACACAUGUUGGUUCUAGAAAGCAUCGAAAGAAACCAAGAAGUUUAAUUGAAAACAAUGUUAGCUUGAGUGUUCUUCAGACAUACUAUUCUGGGACCCUAAAGGAUGCUGCAAAGAGCAUUGGUGUCUGCCCAACAACACUGAAACGAAUAUGCAGACAGCAUGGCAUUUUAAGAUGGCCAUCUCGGCAGAUAAAGAAAGUAAACCAUUCUGUUAAGAAGGUCCAAAGUGUGAUAGAUUCUGUACCAGUUUCGCUGGGUUUGGGAAAGUUAAUGUAUGAUCCCAACAGUCAAGGUCUUUUCGCUGAAGUAUCACCUGAAAAGUCACUAUCUUUUUUAGAAUCAGCUGGUCAGGCCUUAUCGACCAUGCAUUCUGCCAAAAGACAUGAAAACAAGCAGUUCGCGGGUUCAUCAAAAGCAUACAACUGCUUCAUUAGUAACUGCAAGCAGAGGGAGAGAUCAGGAAUAUCUAGAUCGAUAUAUAGGAAACAUGAUAAAGCAGAAGUUUCUCCACUUGAUAACAGCACUGAACAAAAGUUCCAUUCAGUUGGAGUAGCGUCCCAUCUUGCACAUGAUGCAUACCAUCGUGAUGUUCUCAACAAAGGUGAUUCACAUUUAGAAAGUAUGCAAUGCCAAUUAGUGUCAAGGAGUUCAACUUCAAAAAUAACUGAGGAGAUGCUGAAAGAAACUCCCAAAAAAAGUGUUAUACAGUAUGACCAUAACACAGCAGAUAGCAGAAUCACUCAAGGCAAAUAUGCUUCUUGUUCCAACAGUACAGAUUCAUCCAGAGGCAGUUCAUCGAGUGACCAAACUCUCAAAAAGAGUGUAGAGAUAGGGAUGUUGCUCAUGGAGACAGAUGACUCACCUUCGCACAAUUGCACAUCCAUCAGAGUCAAGGCUAAUUAUAAAGAGGAUGCAGUGCGGUUUAAGUUCAAUCUAUCCCUGGGUUGCAGACAAUUAUUUGAAGAAAUUGGAAAGAGAUUUAGCUUAUCUAUAGGGACAUUCCUGCUCAAGUAUAAGGAUGAUGAAGAUGAGUGGAUCACGUUGAUGAAUGACUCUGAUCUGCAAGAGUGCGUUGAAGUUUUAGAGCAAUGUGAAUCCAAUUGUGUGAGAAUUCUUGUUCGAGAUCUUCCAAGUGCUGUUGGUAGCUCAGGCAGUAGCAACAAUCUGCUUCUGAAGUCAUGAGGCCUGAGGAAGAAUGCCAAUGAUAUCUUCGUAUACUCGAACCGAUGAUUCUGGUCUGAUUAAAAUGGUCAAAGUGGUACUCACUGUGAGGAUAGUGCUUCAUUUGUCUCGCUGAUUAGCCAUUAUAUUAUAUAGCCAACUAGCUACCCGUUAAGGCUAGCGAUGCUAUAUCAUUUAACAUUUAUUUUAGUGUAAAAGGCAUAAAAAUAACAUUUAUUAUUAGUGUAUUUAGAAAUUCUAGUAGAUAAAUCAGUGUGGUAAUGGUGAAUAA